CACGUUUCCAAACAUUCUUCCACCCUGGAGCGUGAAGGUCUGUCUUCCCGGCAUGCACUGCGAGUGAGCGGCCCAGAGAGACGCUGAGGAUAGAGAUUAUAGAGGAAUUUCUCUGUGAAAGAGAUCAUCCAAAAAACUGAAGAUGUCCGACCCAAUUGAGGAGAAGAUCAAGAACUACAGGACGGCUCCUUUUGAUGCCCGCUUCCCCAACACCAACCAGACCCGCAACUGUUUCCAGAACUACCUGGAUUUCCACAGAUGUAACAAAGCUCUGGCUGCUAAGGAUCAGGACACAGCUCCCUGCGAGUGGUACCAGAGGGUCUACAAGAGCCUCUGCCCCAUGAGCUGGGUGCAGAAAUGGGACGAUCAGCUGGAGGCGGGAAGUUUCCCUGGAAAGAUCUGAACGCACACCUUCCUCUCCACCUCUCUCCUCCUCUCCUCCUCUCUUUAACUUAAUGUGAAGCAUCUGCUCGUUCUGUACAGAAGCAACUAAAUAAAUGAUAUAAUAUUACUGUGAA